AUGCUGGCCAAAACAUGCGCGAACACCUCCCGCCAACGCCUCCCACCCGCUCUCUGGAAGCCUCCCACGGCAUCCGUCCACUCCGCAAAACUCCCUGCGCCCUCUCUACAAAUCCAGAAGAAAUCAGCGCACUACUGUCAUCACAGGCCAAUGAAAGGAGAUUCCGAGACGGGCGAUCACGCUCUCGCUUGGCACCAACCUCUGGCUGCCAACUACCAUCAAGCACCGCUUGAUACGCAUUGCCGGACCCUCUCAUCUGGGUUGAAAAGCUUCAAGGUUGUUGGCCACGCAUUGCCAGGCUGGUCUGAGCCCGAAAAAAUAGACACCGGUCUGAUGUCAAGAUGGGGUGGCAGGUUUGGCAGCGGCUCUGUCGGGGGCACGGCGGGGGACGCGUUUGAAAAUUGUCGGAUACUCGACUCGCUCGUCUCAGCGUGGAGAGUGACACCGGACGAGCCGAUGUUUUUGCUGUGA